AUGCCGCAUCCCGACGCAAAUCUCCACCCCGUCGCAACAGGUCUCGCGAAGAAGACCGUCGAUGAACACUCCGCAGAGCAGCCUCUGAAGCUCUUUGCGGGCUGGUUCUGCCCCUUUGUCCAGCGCACCUGGAUCACGCUUGAGGAGAAGGGCAUUCCGUAUCAGUAUAUCGAAGUCAACCCCUACCACAAGGGCCCCGAGCUCAUGCGCUCCAACCCGCGCGGCCUAGUCCCGACCCUCGAAGUCGCGCCCGGCAAGUCCCUCUACGAGAGCACCGUGCUUUGCGAAUACCUCGAGGAUCACUACCCGUCGCACCCCCCACAUAUCCUGCCGCCCGCCGGCGAGGACGACUACGCGCGUGCCCGUGCCCGCAUCUGGGUCGAUUAUGUCACGAGUCGCGUCAUCCCGGCCUAUCACCGAUUGCUGCAGUUCCAGGUCGCGAAGCAUGGCGAUGGAAAGGAGGAGGGCGAGAAGAGGCUCGAUGAGCUGAGGGGCGAGUUCAGGGGCUGUCUGUUGGAGUUUGCGGGCGAGAUGGGGGACGGGGGGCCGUGGUUCUUUGGGAAGGAGUUUGGACUGGUGGAUAUUGCUAUGUUGCCGUGGGCUGUCCGCCUCUGGGUCUUCGACGAGUUCAAGGGCGGUCUGCGCAUCCCGGAGCCGGGCCAGGGGGGCGACGGCGAGAAGAAGUGGGCGCGGUGGCGCACGUGGCUCGAUGCGGUGACGAGGCGUGAAAGCGUGAAGAAGACUACUAGUGAGCGGGAGUACUACGUGCCUAUCUAUAAGAAGUACGCGGAUAAUAUUGCGCAGUCCGAGCUGGCGAAGGCUACGAGGGCUGGAAGGGGUGUGCCGUAG